AUGGAGUCGCCCUCGUCCUUCGACAGCCCACUUCUGUCUCCUGCCAAAGCGCGGCGAGCCGCUAUUCAGGCCAAGGACUGGGCCUACGUGACCUCGUGGCUUAGUCGACAGUACGCUCCAAAUCUGCCUCCUGACUUUGAGCGCAACGAGGAUACCUUACGGACGCUGCUAGCUUUGGCUGCUGCCAACGAUGCAGCAGAUGAAGAGGCAAUGAUACUUCACCGCGCGCGCGAAGAAGCCGUACAGGCAUAUAAGAUGCGGGAGGCAAAUGAAGACUCUCAGAAGAAAGAGAUUCUAGACGAGGUACAGAUGUGUCUCGGUGAAAAGGGGAGAGAAUGUCUUGACGAUCUGGCGGAAACAACGGCAAUACUAGGCGCAUUGCGUCCGCAACGUAACGAAAUCGGACAGGCCAUUUUAGAGCUUACGAGAGAGGAAUUUGAGGUCCAGAGCCAGGUCACAAAAAUUGAAGCAUUACGAGGAUAUCUAGAGAGAGAGCUGGCGGACCUCAGGCAGCAGCUCAAGGGUCUCAAGUCCAACAAGGCUUAUGAUGUGCCGUCAGAACUACCGGCGUUAACUGCAGAAUGGUCUCGGAGCACGAAGCUGUUGACAGCUAAACUGGGUGAAUACCAGGAUAAAUCGGCCAUGUUGGAGAGAAACAGCACCAAGGGGCCGACGAUUGAGGAGCUAGUGUUGGAAGAAGAAGAUUUUAUCCGUCUCAAGGACACAGUGGAGAAACUGGAGAAAAGAGUCAGACUAUUCCAUUGUUUACCGAAGAACUUAACGGACGCCCGAUCAGAGUAUCAGAAAUUAGAGCGCGAGUACCGCCAGCUAGUUCAGAAGCGCGAUACAAUGUUCGAAAAUCUACGAGCGGGAAAAACGAAAUGA